AUGGCUUCAUUGGUUCGUUUAAUUUUGUUGCUUUCUCUGAUCUCUCUUCAAAUCAGCGCUCUUCUACCCAUUCACAAAGCAGAUAUGCGAUUGAUGAGGGUAAGUGCUGGGAGAUGUUUCAAUCAUAGAAAUUUGAAUAUUUCAAUGUUUGAAAACUAUUUUUUACUAAAUUAUAAAAAUUAAAAAUUUUAGUUUUUUCUGAAUUUGAAUAUUAAAAUUUUCCGAUUUCAAAAAAGUUCAAUAUCUUUUCAAGAAAUUAUUGUUUGAUAUUCCAAAUUUGAAUAUUUUUUGAAUAACUUGUCUAAUUUUUUCGUUUGCAGGUCCAAAAGCGCUUCUACAAUUGGGAAGCCUCGCAUCCGGAGAAGCGAUUCUACAGUUGGGACUCAACUCAGCCUCAAAUCUCGGCGAAAGAAAGGGACUUCGUCAAGCAAUUCUUGCAACGACGAGGAGGCGCUGAUUGGCUGCGACAACACAAAAUGUUUUCGCAAUUCACGAAUGUCGACUUUCUACAGUGA